GAAUUAUCUUAUUUUCCAAAAAGUUAAUAUUAUUAAUUAAAAUUCGUUUUUGAUUAUAUAAUUAAUUAUUUAGAAAAUUCAUUAAGGGUAUUAUAGAUAUUAACCGCUCUAACUUUUAACGUGAGAGCUCGAUUCCAAAAAUUUACUUCGCAAAUAAUAGUAUAGAUUAAAUGGAUAAAUGUUUACGUAAUUAGGAAUGAAUAAGUUAAUCAAUAUCUAUUCUAUUAAAAUAAAGUCAAAAUUUUUAUCUACAAUUUUUAGUAGGACUAUUUCAUUAAUAAUUAAUGUUCUAAAUUCUAACAAAUAUUUCUUCCAUCGUUUUAGGUAUUCAUCUAAAUAUCUUAUAUUAUAUGAAUUUAAAUACUAUACUAAUAUCUCUAUUAACGAAACCAUAUUUUCUAAAAAGGAUAUCCUAUUCUCAGAUUCAAAGAACACAUAUAUUAUUAAUGAAAUAGUCCUACUAAAACUUGUAAUAAUAACAAACAAACAAACUAUAUUUCCUAAAAAUAUACAAAAUUUAAUCAAACCUAAUAUACCACUAAUAGUCCUACUAAAACUUGUAAUAAUAACAAACAAACCAUAUUUCCUAAAAAUAUACAAAAUUUAAACAAACCUAAUAUACCACUAAUAAAAAAUGUUUCUUCCAUUAUUUUAGGUAUUCAUUUAAAUAUCUUAUAUUUUCUGAAUUUAAAUACCAUACUAAUAACAAACAAACCAUAUUUCCUACAAAAGACAUCUUAUACUGUGUGUCUUUGACUAUGGUUCUCUUUUUAUAGUCUUAAUUAAUACUCAUCUACAUAUAGUCUGUGUCAAAAAUUCUACAAUAAUUAGAAGAGUCUGGGACCCUAGACCAUUUAGUAAAGAUUUCAAAAGUUCAGAAGUCUAAAUUUAUUUUUUUACAAAUUUGGGAACUUAAAAAUUCAAAAAUUUUGGGAGCUUAAAACAAAUUUGGGAGCGCCACCAAUGCCCCCUGCUUUUAGUGGUACGUAUGCUUAUUUGAAUAGAUUGUUCAAAAAAAAAAUGCUUAUUUGAAUAGGUAAAAUGCAAAUUAGUAGCUUUAAGAAAUGAGUUUAUAUGCAAAUGCAAGUAGUUUGGUGUAAAUAAAAUCAAGGUCUUUCGUUUUCAAGUAUCUGAAUUAAAUCAAAGUUCAACCAUCCACUUUACAAUUUAUUUGUUGUCUUUUUCUCUGACCUACAUGGGUCAAUGACUUUUUGAAGGAUAUUCCAUAGAAAAGAAAACCAAGCAAUGCACUGAUAUUUUACAUUGAUUACAUUCUGUAUACUAUAUAUAGGGUUAAAGAAACCCACCAGAAGGGAUCAUUUUAUUCUUGAGUCCUUAAUAGAGUAUAACAAAACACAGACACUCAUCAAUGGAUGACUUUUAUUCUUCUAUCUGGCUUCAUCAAGAGAGCCUUGAUGAGAUGAGGCAGAAUCUGCAGAACACUCUGUUCGAGCUAGAGACACUGAAAAUGGAAGCUAAUGAGAAAUCAAGAACACAUACCGAAGAAGUCAACCAGCUUCUCACUCUCCUCAAAUCCACUCAACAAGAACGAGACCAAGCUAGACAACAACUAUCUCAGUUUCUCACCCAAACCCAAAACUCUAAUUCAAGAAGCAUCACUGAGUCAAACACCUUCUCUCGUGACGGAUCUUCUUCUCCUUCUUCCUCAGAACUCUCCAGCUUCCUCAACAUUCAUCCUCCUCAGCCGUCAAUGAUCCUCAACGACCCAACGGCUCAUAAACAACAUCAGCUCGAUCCUAUGGACGCUCUCGUGAUGGGGAAAGCUUUUCCUGAAACGGGGAAGCUAUUAAAAGCGGUGGUGGAAGCUGGACCGCUUCUUCAAACGCUUCUGGUGGCGGGACCGCUGCCAAAAUGGGUAAACCCACCGCCUCAAACGCAAUCGCAGCGUUUUGAUUUACCUACUCUGACUACUCCAUUCUCGUUUAAAAGGUCUGAUGUUAGUAACAGUUCGCUAACGUGUUCUGGUUCGGUUAUGAGAUUUGGGCUCGGUUCGAGUUUGGUUAUCGAUCAAACAAUGUUAACCGGUAAGAGGCAGAGAUUAGAGUAGCUAAUCGAUCAUUUUACGAGAUUUAUCAGAGCAGUAUUGUAAGCUGGGUGAUUAUUUUUGUCCCUUCUUUAUGAUUCUAACUCCGGUUUGAACGGUUCGGUUAUUAUGUCAAAUUUGGUUCAUGGUAAUAAAUUUGUUUUCUGUACCA